UUGUGGGAAGGGGAGCGGCCAGCUGUGUCUAUAAAGAGGGUGGCUGACAUUGAAAGCAGGCUAAGCACUUACGGACAGCUGACUGAGGUUGGCAGACUCUGAUACGCCAUGACACAAGACACUGCUCUAGAUAUGAAGGACGUGGAGCUGAACGAGCUGGACCCGGAGAAGGUCCCAAUGGCCGCAGAGGCAGGUGACCCCCCGGUUGGUGGAGGGGGAGAGAAAAAUGGGGUGGUCAAGGUGAAACUGGAGGAUGAAGAUGACGAGGGAGUCAGUACUCAGAAAUUCACCGGCCUGUCCAAGGAGGAGCUGCUGAAGGUGGCUGGCACCCCUGGGUGGGUGAGAGUCCGAUGGGCUCUGCUCGUCCUCUUCUGGCUGGGCUGGGCUGGUAUGCUAGCCGGAGCUGUGGUCAUCAUUGUCCAAGCACCCCGCUGCCGACCCCUUCCUGUGAUGCAAUGGUGGAACAAGGGCCCCAUCUACCAGAUCGGGAGCCCCGAGACCUUCCAGGACUCUAACGACGAUGGGGUCGGUGAUAUUCAAGGAAUACAUAAUCGUUUGGAUUCUCUCAGCUCCUUGAAAGUAAAAGGUGUACUAAUUGGACCGCUGCAUGUCACUCGAGAAGACGACUUUAUAAGUACUGAACUCACAAAUAUUGACCCAAAAUUCGGGACUGAAGAAGACCUCAGUCAACUAUUUGUAGCUGCCCACAAGAAAAGUAUUCAAAUCAUUUUGGACCUUACUCCUAAUUACCUGGGUGGUAAUGUAUGGUUUAACCAGCCUGACGAAAUCAAUGAUAUCCAGGACAAAUUCAAGCAAGCAAUGAACUAUUGGCUUGAAAAAGGAGCUGGAGGGAUAUAUUUCAGUGGAAUGGAGGACAUUCAUAAAUAUCCCGAAUUCCUUGAAGAAUUGAAAAACAUUACCGCUAAUUACAGCACCGGAGAUAAAGCCAGAGUCCUCUUGGCUUCCACAGAUGAAGCUUACUUUGAAAACGUGCUGACCCUUCUCAACAAGACCGAUGUGGGUCUGCUGUCUUCUCGCUUUUUGGUUGCUGCUAACUCAAGUAACCACGGCAAAAACUCCUUGGGCAAUCGUAUCACACAAUACCUAGAAGAAGUUGGUGAUCAGUGGAAUAGCUGGGCGAUUGGGGGACCACAGGUUGGACACUUGGCAUCUUUGGUUGAAGAAAAUCUGCUGCAUGUUUACCAGUUCCUGCUGUUCACACUUAAAGGCACACCAAUCACUCAGUAUGGGGAUGAAAUAGGACUCAGGGAUCUGUCUGAACAGCCGGCGUCUUCUCAGAAACCCUUUAUGCAGUGGGAUGAUUCUAUGUUCUAUGGCUUUUCCAGUAAGAUCCUACCGCGAGAAUCCAAUAUUAAUGCAAAUAUCUCAUUCAAGGCACAGGAAGAAGAUGCAAACUCCAUGUUGAGCAAAUACAAGCGCUUGAGUGAGCUUCGUGGAAAAGAACGAGCGCUCCUCCACGGUGACUUUCACAUUCUACACAACGGUGACCGCGCUCUGGCUUUCCUGCGCAGUUGGGACCAGAAUGAAAGAUUCAUUUCUGCAUUGAACUUUGAUCCAAACGGCAAGGUGGACAUGAAACUGGUUGGACAUGACCUACCAGAGCAGGGCUCGGUGGCUUUGAGUUCAGAUCCACAGAGGAAAGAGGGGAGCAGCGUUUCACUGACACAAUUAACGCUGGCACCGGGGGAGGCGUUACUACUUAAAUAUCCAUACAAUGGUUAACCAAAUGUCACCAUACAGGGGCAUCACUAUUACAUUCCAUAUGCUGACCCACCCUAACUACUCUACGCUAAGGUACAUGUAAUAUCAUUCCUUCAGGAUCAGAGUCAAUCAGUGUUAUUGUGAAUAAAUUUCUUGUAGUCAGGAAGCAGCCAACAUAGUUCCAGAGGGUAGAAGUGUACAAUAAAAGGCUCCUGAAACGCGUUAACAGCAAUAAGCAAAGUGUGUAUCUCCCUUAAUCCCCUACUUUCAUGAGGGAUAGUGAGAAGUUCUGGAAUAUGUGUAUGUGUGUGCACACCUAUGUGUGGUUUCUAAUCAUACAAUAUAUAUUAUGCAUGCAGUUUUUAACCCUAUUUUUUUUUUUUUUUUUUAAAUUCUAUAUUUGAAAGGGGUGUCUUUGCUUGUUUAUACAGUAUUUAAUCCUUUUGAGAGCUUUUAAAUUUGGGCUGCUUCUAGGAAGAGAUGAUGCUAUGUGUACCAGUGUGUGUAUAGGGAAUUUUUAAUAUAAAGCAACAUUAUUUUUUCUGGUCAGCAAACCAUUCCAACUACAAUAAAAUGAGCAUCCGCAAUCUCAA